ACACCCAAAUCCUCUCACCAGUCCAACCCUAACCAACCCCAGACAUCACCAUGUCCGGCUCCUGCUGCGGCUCCACCUGCUCCUCCUCGGGCUGUGGAGGAGGUUGCUGCCAGCCCUGCUGCCAGCCCUGCUGCUGCCGCGACCCCUGCUGCUGCCGCCCUGUGUCCUGCCAGACCACUGUGUGCCGCCCCGUGACCUGCACCUGCCGCUGCACACGCCCCAUCUGUGAGCCCUGCCGCCGCCCCGUCUGCUGUGACCCCUGUGGCCUGCAGGAGGGCUGCUGCCGCCCCAUCAGCUGCUGCCCCACGUCCUGCACGGCCGUGGUCUGCCGCCCCUGCUGCUGGGCCUCCACCUGCUGCCAGCCCAUCUCUGUGCAGGCGCCCUGCUGCCGCCCCCCCUGCUGCCAGCCUGCCCCCUGCCGCACCACCUGCAGGACCUCCCCCUGCUGCUGAAUAGCCCACUGAGAAACAUUCCCAGGUGUUCAGAAACAUGUAAAAACUCUUCCCAACCCAAGGGAUCAAAUGAGAGAUUCCUUUGCAACCUACAUGCUCUUCAACAACUAACUCAACAGUAACUGUCUAUCCGUUUUCCCACAUAAUUACCCAGUUAAUCCUGCCCCUCUUCUACAAUCUUUAGAAACAUCCCAACUUUCAUCAUUUGAAUUCCUGGCUUGAAAAAAUUAGUGAACAAAGAUCAAAGUUCCUCUUGAAUGGAGCUCUAGCCCACUGACUCAUCAUCACAUCUCUACUAUUAUAAGAUGGGAUACUUUUCCAGGAUAUCAUUAUAUUUAUGAUGGGGUUUUGCAUGGUAAAAUAAUAAAAAUUUUA